GUCUUAUAUACUAAGGUGAUGAUUGUUUGGUUAGUUUCUAGAUUUUGGAUUUUGGUUUUUGGUUUUUAGUUUUUGGUUUUUGGAUUAUAGAUUUUGAUUUCUGGUUUUUGAUUUUGCAGUAGAUUUUAGUUUCUGGAAAAUCAUGAAUGGUGAUUUUAGAUUUUGGUUUUUGGUUUUUGAUUUUUGUUUUUAAAAUAAUAAAAUAAAAGUUUUAUUAAUAAUAAAAUAUUUAUUAUGGAAAUAACAUAAUAUAAAAUAUUAUUAUCAAGACACACCUAAUCUCUUUUUUUUAAAGCAAACACAAAAUAAUAUAAUUCUAUGUUUAAACAUAAACUUAAAAUUAAUUUUGUGUUGAAACAUACAUAUAUAUAUCUAAUUAUAACUUGUACAUAUAAUAUAUGCAUAUAUCUGUACAUAUUAAAAGUAAAAUGUACAUACAUAUUUUUUAAUAAACUUUUUCCAUAAUUAUAAUAUAUAUUCAUCAGCGGUUAACUACAAAAAAAUAAUUAUGUGUAGAAUUUAACUAUACAUGCAUUAAUUUUAUGUAAAUUUUGGAAUUAAAUAAUUGUUGAUAACUAUUAUUUACAAAUUUAAAUUUAAAAGUUAACAAAUAUUUCUAAAUUUGGGAAAACACAAGUCUAUAGAGAUAGUAUAGUACACAAUAAUAGUGAUAUUUCUUCAUAAACUAAAAAUUAAUUUUAUUGGGUAGAAAAUGGAUUUUGAUAAAUGUAAUAGUAAAAUAUUUACUCUGGAAAAAUAAAAACAAAAAUAGCAUUGUAAUAACAUGCAUAAAAUUAUUUAAUAGUUUUGAGGUUUAUGUUUACUUUGUAGAGUUGGUUUUAUAUAGUACUAUUUAAUAAAAUUAACAAUUGUAUUUUGAAAAAAAAAGAAGAAAAACAAUUUUUUGGUUUUGAUCGUAGGUAAUUUUAGGAAGAAACAAGUAAAAUAUGGAUUUUGGUUUUUAAGAAGGAACUAGUAAAAGGAAGCAAAAGCUAGUUUCCCUAUAAAAUAGGGAAUCUAUUUGACCAAAAUCAUGAUUGAGUAAAAAACAGUUUUUGAAAAUCAAAAACUAAAAACUAGUGUAGAAUUUAUGAAACAAUCAACCUCUAAAACUCAAAUCGCACAGACGAAUCAAAUAUUGACAAGUGACAAAAAAAAAUGAAAAAGGUAAAUAAAUAAAUUUGUCUUCUUCAUUUCCUAUUUUUUCUCCGAUUUCUAAUCUUUAACUACCAAAAAACAACCGAUUGAAAUAUUUUUUUCACGGAAGCAUCAUCACGUCACGGAAACUUAAAAACAAAAUGAUGUAUUAACACCAUAUUCAUAAAAUCAAAAAAUAAUGAAAAAUUAACACAUCGAUAUAUGUACAUCUCGAUUAGCGUAGAUUUCAUUUCACUUCAUCUAUAAAACAAAAGAUCAUAUUAUAUGUUUAAAAUUUAACUAAUCACGUGCAUAUAUAACAAAAUGACGAAUUGUAUUAGAAUUUAUUUGUAAUCAUCAUCAUCAUUAUUUCUAUGCACAAAAAGAUAAAUAAAAACUAUUAUAGGAGAAUUAACUAUAAAUGAGAUAAAUUUGAAAUGGAAGAAAAAUGAACAGAACAAUUUCUUACGGUCAUAUUUAUUCAGCUUUCUUCAGCAUUAGAUAUUUUACCCACGUUCUUUUUUUAUCCAAAAACCUAACUUUUUUUUUUUUCUCAAGUAACCACUACCACACAACGAGGAAUGGAUUUGAUAAUUCCCUUUGAUUUUAACCGUUUCAUCUGCUAUAUAUCUUUUAGUAUAGCAGUUUUCUUAUGUUUUCUCUCCAUCUCCAUCGUUUCAUAUCUUUUUUUUUUUUGAGUUUUCAGUGAAGCAAAGAAACUGAUACCAUUGGAAUAGAUUCCUAUCUCUCAGCUUAUUUUUUUCAGAAGAAGAAACAAAUUACAGCUCUGCAAUCCCGGAUUUAAGACUAACAUCCCAAACAUAAACAUUAAGCUGUCCUUAGGAUGAAAGUAUUCUUCGUGGAUGAAAAAGGUACGUAUAUUUGAAUUAAAGUUAUGAUUUCUAAAAGGUGUGAUUAAUGUUUGCAUAAUUUUAAUUUGAUAGGGAGAUAAAGACUUAGGAAACUCGUGUGAUAAGAAAAACCAGAAAGACUCACUUCUACUGUAUAGAAGAAGAUAUAUCUUUAUAAGACUAAUUUUUAUGUGUUUUAGUUUUAUAGAAAUAUGUUGGUAUUAUCUUUUUUUUUUCACUUUCCGUUCAAUAUAUACAUUUUUUUAUUAUUUAUGUAAGAUUUUUUAGAACAAAAAUGUUAUAACAAUGAAAAUCUAGAAAUGUAAAAGAUACAACAAAAAAAUUAAAAGUAGGAGAAGCAAAAAACUCGGUAGCUAAUGUCAAUUAUCUACAAAAACUAAAGUUAGAAUUAAAACUGUACUUAAAGCAAAAUAUAAAAGAUAUUCUUUCCUUCAAUUUGUUUUUCAUACGUAAUGUAUUUUUGUUUGGUUUUGGAAAAUAGAUUAAUAUUUUAUAUUUUUCUUAGACUUUUGUAAGAUAUAAUCAGCAAACUUCUAAUUGAUCAAAUUAAAACAACAUCUUUCAUUGUAAAUAUUUUAGUUUAUAUAAAUAAUGUCCGAAAUCAUACUAGUUAUUAAUGUUUUAGUAACUAAUUAGUGGAGUAAUUAAAUUAAGAAAUAAGUAAAAAUAACGUGUUCAAUGAGUGGGUUGGCGGGCCAACCGAAUAACAGAAGUUUCGAAAGGCGUUAUAAUGCCCGACCCCCUUGUCACGUGUUGUAGUACAUUAUAUGAAUUUGAAAGUAAGGGGAUGAUUAUACGUUGCCUUUUAGCUACGAUGAAUUAUUAUUCUUAUGUCGACCUCAGACAUAGUUAUGAAGAUAUAUAUAGUUGUGUCAGCAAUGGUACAUGUUUUGUUUUCCAUGAAAAUAAAGGAUUUUUUUUUAAAUAUCGAACUUGAGAAAACAAGUUGAUUACACAAGAAACUACAAUAAGUUGACUGCACAAUCAAAUAACGUAUGCCUUACACAAGAAACUACAAUAUGUUGACUGCACAAUCAAAUAAAGUAUGCCUCAGUGGAUUUUUGAAGCGGUUGUCCACGAAAAUUACUUCUGACAGCGAUGCCUAAUUCCUAUAUUGCAUAAUGAUAGUGAACUUACUGAAAAAGAGAAUACAUAACAUAAAAUCACCUCUAAAGAUGAUGCAGAACAACAUUAAACUACUUAGACCAUCAAUAUAAUGGACAUGUUGAAUACUUUAUUCAAAUGUUUAAACCAUUGUAAAGAGAGUGUUGAAUUAAAAUAAAUCUGAUGUAGACUCGGAAGAUUUGAAAACUUUCAAUUAGUUGAAAUAAAGAAUAAAAAUAGAUCCACCUUGCCAUGUGUUCUAUUAUUAUUAGUUAUAUCCAAAUUUUUAUCAUUUUUGUUUUCAUCCAACAAUUACAAGUUAAUUAUUUUAUAGUUAAAUAAUUAUUUUAAAAAUAAAAUUAUAACAAAAUUUAUCAUUUGAAUCAUAUAUAAACAAAGACUAAUAUCAUUCCAUCUGGAUAUAAAAUGUAAAUUUCAUUAUAAUUUCUAUAUUUGUUUUAUUAAUAUUAAUUUUAUGAAUUCAGUUAUGUUUUGUAUAUUUUUUUUAACAAUAUUAAUUUUAAUAUUUUUAAGAAAAAUUGAAGAAUAUUAAUAUUAAAAUAAAAUAAAAGUUAACAAAACUAUGUCAUAUUUAAUUAUUUAAUUUAACUCUAUUCAAUUAUUUUAUUAAUACAUAUUUAAGAAAUUAUAGAAAUAAGAAUUUGAAUUAAAAAUGCUAAGAUAAUGUGUUAAAUUUUAUUAAACAAAACCAUUGUACAGAAAAAAAAAUGUAUAGAUAUAGAAUUAAUAGAGGGGAAAAAGACAAAAUGAUGUAGGUUGUAAGAAAAUGUAAGUUAGGAUGUUGAAUUCUUACAACCAUCUUAAAUGGUUUUUUUUUACCAGUAGUAAAGGUAAAGUUGUAGGCACUGGCAUGUAGGUACGUGACAUCACUUGUAAUCCACCGAAUCCAAGAAUUCAAAAGCAUUUACAAUAUAUUACUCUAUUUUUUAAAAAUAGAAUAGCUCCGUAAUAUAUAAUAGAGUUGAGUUUUAAUUUAACUCCACUAUAUUUUGGAGAAAAAAAUAAAAUAAUGAAUAAAAAAAUGGAUUACCAUAUUUUUGACUGUGAAUAGAAUAUGAUUAUAGAUGCUUUGAAAACAUAUCUAAAUCAGAUUAUAAAACCAAACAAAAACUGUCGUUUUCAUGGGUUUUAAGUUUAGUUAGAUGCCGAUUCUAAAAGCAUCCCCAUUAGGGGUUCACUCCCCCCAAGCUCUCACGUUUUCCAAAAAAAAAAAAAUUAUAAUAUUUGUGGACCCCACAUAUUUCAUGAGCCUGUCUCUCAAAAGUUCUUCAUUGUGAACCGGGUUCGUCACUGUUUCGCGGACCCCACGCCACGUGGCGGUCCGUGAUUGGCUCGGUAAAUUUUUUGUUUCUCUUUUUAAAAUUAAAAAAAAAAAUUAAUAAUUAAUUUCCCCAAGACUUUUCCCCAGUUUCACUAAUGGAGAUGCUCUGAUGUCUCAUUCCUAAAGGUAAUGGGCCAAACUCACUUUCAUUAAUCCCAUUUGAUUAGGUCGAAUAAUCCAGAUGGCCGAGUAUCAAAGCCUUAUACCAAACUAGGGAAAACGUGCGUGACUGGACCCAAGAUGAAACGUGAGUGUCUCAUAGUACUAAUGAAUUAACCGGCAUUUUUACCAGACACCCCAUAAGUAAAACCCAAGCCAGCAAAUGGAAUGAAUAAAAGUGAAUCACUGAUCAGUGAAGUAGAAUAUUUACUGAUAGGUGAAAAUUUACUCAAUAUUAUCAGAAUCUUUUGUAGUUACAAAAUUCAAAACUAUUAGCUGUAAAAUUUUGGCAGUCUCCAACAUAUUAUCUAUCUCUUCAAAGGAGAAAAUCGAGUGUUGCUAUAUACUGUAUAUUAUUUUCUUGUAAAAGCCAUUGUGUUUAAAAUAUUUCCCCUAAAAAGACAGAUUUUGGUGUUAUUCGAGCACACUCAAUAAAAACUAAAGGGAAAAUAUCUCACACAUAAAGAUAGAUAUAAUAUUUAGUUUUUUUUCAAAAAAAAAAAAAAAAUCUCACACAUACUAAUUUUCCAAUUAUUUAUCAUUUAGAGAAGUUGAAUAGUCGGUUUAAGUAUUAAAUAUUAUAGUUAUUAUGUAAAGUUUAUAUAAUAACUAAGAAAACUGUAUAGCUAAACAUCGUAAGAAAAUCUUUUUUUAGUUUAUUUGAAAUAUUUAGUUCCUAAAAUAUUACAUUAAAAUGAGCAUAACUGGAACAGAAUCAACAAUUUAAUGAAUGUUCAUGCAUGGUUAUAGCUGUAAGAAAGCACUUAAGCCAUGCAUGUAUAUAUAUAUGUCACUCACUGAAGACAAUAGAGAACAAAAGCAAAAACAAAGUAAAUAACAAAAUGAAGUGUUUGUGUUUGAUCGUGUUUCUAGCGUUUGUGAUCACACAAAGCUACAACGAUCUAGAAGUAGAAGCUGUGUCAAGUGAUGGUUUCGUGAGUAGGAAAGGAGUCCAGUUCAUUCUGAACGGUGAACCAUUUUACGCCAAUGGAUUCAAUGCCUACUGGCUCAUGUACGAAGCCACCGAUCCGAACACAAGGUACAAGGUCACACAUGCCCUUGAGAACGCGGCCGGUCAGGGUCUGACCAUCGCACGCACGUGGGGAUUCCGCGAUGGCGGUUACCGUGCUCUCCAAACCAACCUUGGUUCCUACGAUGAACAAACGUUUCAGGGUUUGGAUUUUGCGAUAGCCGAAGCAAAAAGAGUCGGUAUAAAAAUGAUAAUCGCAUUUGUUAAUAACUUUCCCGACUUCGGAGGAAAGAAACAAUACAUGGCUUGGGCUAAAGAUAAAGGCCAAGCCGUAACUUCCGAAGACGAUUUCUACACCAACGCUCUUCUUAAACAAGCAUACAUGAACCACGUCAAGACUGUGUUGAACAGAGUGAAUACAUUUACCAAAGUUGCAUACAAAGAUGAACCAACCAUUAUGGCUUGGGAGCUCAUGAAUGAGCCACAAUGCAGAGCAGAUACAAGUGGGAAAACCCUUACGGCCUGGAUUAGUGAAAUGGCUUCUUACGUAAAAUCACUUGACUCAAAGCAUCUCCUAUCUACCGGAUCUGAAGGCUUCUAUGGUCAAUCAACUCCUCAAAGAAUGACUUCUUUAAAUCCGGUUGCAGCCAACAUUGUUGGAAGCGAUUUCAUCGCUAAUCACAAUAUUGAUGCCAUUGAUUUCGCAUCCGUUCACUCUUACCCUGACACAUGGUUUCCUAAGUUAGAUGAGAAAUCUCUAUUGGACUACUUAAGAAAAAAUCUCGCAGGCCACAUCGAAGAUGCACAAAACGUUCUUAAAAAGCCUCUUAUUCUAGGAGAAUUUGGGAAACCAUCGAAUGCACCAGGCUAUACUCAGGCUCAGAGAGAUGCCGUCUUCACUACAGCGUUCGACAUCAUUUACGCGUCUGCCCAAAAAGGCGGUGCUGCUGCAGGAGCAUUGUUUUGGCAUCUUAUUAGCGACGAUAUGAGCAACUUCACAGAUGCCUACUCCAUUUCACUUAGUGAAAAAUCUUCGACUAUUACUAUCAUUGGUCAGCAGUCACGAAAGAUGAAUUUGAUUGGUAGAAAAAGAAAGCCAGGUCGCGAAAACAAAAUUUGAUAUUUUAAAAGGUUAAUCUAUAAUAAUUUGAUCAUUUUAUUUUCAUUAUCAAUUGUAACAAAUAAGUUAAGUGACAAAAAUUAAAUUCAGUGUACACUGAAAUGAUAUCCAGUUCCUUAAUUUUUAUAUCCUAAACUUGUCUCAUGCCUUCACAGAAACAUACUCAUCAAACCAAAAUCAUGUUAAAAGAAGAUUAAGUAGCUUAACUACAUACGAUUACUUCAAUAUUUAAAGAUGAAUAUUUUAAAUUAUGUUAUGGAAUUAGAUCUUAAGUUGCAUCAUUCAAGCACAUGUCUAAUCUCUUUCUAUAAGUUUUGAAGUCACGCAAAUGCCUAACAUCUUCAAUUGAAUCAUUCCAAUACAUGCCUAAGACACAUUAGUUAUUGUGUAGAAAAAAUCUCACAUCCAAUUUCCUCUAUGGAAUGACCAGUUCAAUUUUAAAAACACAUGCUUAAACAUACUCAUUAAACCAGUGCACUGAAAUGAUAUCCAGUUCCUCAAUUUAUAUAUAACUUCCUAAACUUGUCUCAUACCUUCACAUAAGCAUACUCACUAAACCAAUAUUAUGUUGAAAAGAGAUUAAGUAGCAUAACUAAGGUUACCUCAAUAUUUUAAGAUGAACAUUUUAAAUGAUAUUAUGGAGUUAGAUCUUAAGUUGCAUCAUUCAAGCACAUGCAUCAUCUUUUUCUAUAAGUUUUGAAGUCACACAAAUGCCUAACAUCUUCAAUUGCAUCAUUCAAAUACAUGCCUAAGACACGUUAGUUAUUGUCUAGAAAUAGUCUCACAUCCAAUUUCCUCUAAGGAUUGACCAGUCCAAUGUUAAAAAUACAUAUGCUUGAUGCCCAUUGUCCACGUCAAACAAGUUAUGGUUCUUAUACAAAUUUUUAGAUCAAUUUCAAAACGAAAUUUAAUUGUCAUUAGCGCAAUUAUUUUUCAAACGUUAUUUAAUUUCACUAUUUAAUGCUACAAGUCUGACUUCAAAACAAACAGAUAUGCUUCAAGUCUACAACUAAAUAGGUAUUAGUGUAUGUCAAUUCUUUGUUGAUCAUAUGAAUAAACUUUAUUAUAUAUUGUGAUACUCUUAUGUAUCUUAUUUUAAUUUCUCAUAUUCUACCUCCUCUAGGCCCACUACUAUGAUUUAUCAUUAUAUCUAUUAAAAUACAAUUAGAUAUCCUAUCAUUAAAUGUUCAUGGUCACUUAUUGUACAAUAUCUUGAUUAAAAGAACGUUAUGAGUUACUUAUCUUUUGUGAGGAACAAAAGGCAAAAUAUGUCAAUAAAUUACUCACGUACAUGUAUGUUAUAUUCGAGAAUUUACACAAUACUCACUAUGCUAUGUUCAAACAUUUAUGUUAUAAACAUAUUUAAGUUGUAUCAUUAACAAAUUUUAAAAUUGUUAACUCUAGUAUGAUAACUAUGUCUACUAUGAACUUGUCACGAACUAAAAUUAUUCAAAUUCUUAUUCUAUACAUUUAUCUAAAUUAAAAGAAAUGAACAUUUUAUGACCAAAGAAAACAUUCAUAGGGUAUUUUGGCAUACCUGAAAAUAACUACUAGAAGAGAUAGCCAAAACAAAAAUAUAAACAUUUUUAUGUUUAUCAAGGUUGGCAGCAAUCAUAAUUUCAACAGCCAAAAGACCGUCUGAAAAGCUGAAGAUGUCUUAAAAAAAGUUUGGUUACACUGACCACAUGCAAAUACUCUACAUAAUAAAACCAUAGAGCAAAUAGACUCCAUUUCUUGUUCUUCUCGACCAAAAUAUCAGAGAUGAACACAAACAAACUGAGCAUUCUGUUGAGUCUACUGCUUGUGUAGGACUGAUGAUACUAUUGUGUGGUGGAGACACAAUUUAAAACCAAGUGGAGCUAGAGAUUUUUUUUCCUAAGUUUGUUUAAAUUUUAUUUUUAUUUUUAUUUCUUUAUGUUUGUGUUUGUUAUUUCUAGUUAAGAUUUUAUUUAUGUUGGUAUUUGUUUGUUGCUAAGUUAUGAAAAUGGGUAAUUUAGUGACUCAUUAAAUAAAACAGAAUCAAACAAAAUUAUGAACUAUGGCCCAAAGUUGACUCAUUAUUGGUCCAAGCAUUGCUUGGUGAGUUUAAUGGUUAAAUCAGACGUAUCCUAUAAAUGGUUAAAAUCGGUCUCUCAAUUCAGUCAUGUUGUGUGGACACUUUUAAUUUUCAUUCGGAACCAUACUCAUCUUCUAGAAAUCUUCCCCUCCUUCUCUGAGAUGAUCAUCAUUUUUGUAAAUUUGAUUCUUUGUAUGAGAUUUCUCUUUAUGGAGAUAAAGGAUCUGAGGAUGAUCCGCAUACACUCUAACUUAAUUUGUUAGUAUUUACAAACGUAUAUAAGUAUAUUCAUUUUUUUUGGUUAGCCGUGAUUGUCAUUCUCUUAUUUAGCACUGCAUAAUCUGAAAAAAAAAAACAUCAAGAAUCCUAAUUCAACGACAAUCAUAAGAUGUUUAAUUAUUUAUGGAGAUACUAGAACUACAGAGUACUCAAUGUCCACUACUACAACUUUCUUAAAUGAUAUUUUCCAUUUUUUCCUUAACAUUAUAGUGACUUUAGUAAAUAAAUUUGUUAUUUGUUUUGGUUAAUUUUGUGAUCAUGGAUAGAAGAUCUUCUUGGAAAUCCUAAUUCUCCCAAGAAUUUUUUUUAUUAAGGCUUCAAUUGGUGACCACUAGAAGAAUGAAAAAAAAAUGAAUAAACUGAAAAUUUUCAUUUCAUUUUAAGAAUUGAAAAAAAAUAAAAAAAUAUAAACUUUUGUUCAUUUUGUUUCUCAUUAAAAUUGCAGAGGAAAAAUUUUUUUUUAUGAAUUCAUUCCUCCAUAAAGAAUUUAGAGGAAAAAAAUGAAAUAUACCUAUCAAUAAUUUGACUAAAAUUUCAACAUAACUGGUAUAAAUUGCGAGGAACAAAAAAA